ACAGAGCAAAAAAUGAAUGAUUUCAUUGACAAGGAAACUAAGCCCAAUAUCUGCAUAGAAGAGGAAUCAGUGCGAAUGAGUCAGAUACUACGAGCUGCUUUUUCUGAUGCCUCAGAUCGUGAGGGUGCCUUGAAUCAUUUCAACCAUCGUCAUCCAUUGCUUCGAUUGCACCUUCGAGAGAGUGAAGGAAUCCAAUGCAGCUUUUGCAACAUCGUCAUCUCUGGUCCAGGUUAUGCCUGCAAUAAACAUUGUGAUUAUUACCUUCAUGAUGUGUGUAGUAAUUUCCCCAGAGAAAUUCGCCAUGAUUUUCAUCCUGGCUCUGACCACACUCUUAUGCUCCACCCCUUUAGGGACACAAAUCGAGAGCAGUUUCAUUGUGCUGCGUGUGGACAUGAUGAUUCUGUUCAUCCUCUGUUCCAGUCAUACUAUGGCUGCAAGUCGUGCAAUUUCAAUCUUCAUGUUGAAUGCGCUUCUAUACCCAUAACUUUGGACCAAAAAGUGAAAUAUCCGCUUCAUCUGUUCCUUUCUUUCCCAAUAACCAGUGAGACUGCUACUCUUUUCUGCUUAAUUUGUGCUAAAGUUGUUCCCACUUCCGGAUGCUGGCUAUUUUACAACCAUGAGCAUGAUUACCUCUGUCACUUCAGUUGUACUGCUGUAUCAGAAUACGGAAUGGAGAAUCAUUCCAUGGGUAAACUUCAAAAGCGGCUGCAAACUCUGGCAACAACAAAUCGCCCUCCUACUACACUUGCAGGUCAACCGUCUGGGGACGUUACACAUUUCUCUCACCGACAUGCUCUCAAGGAAUAUAACUUGGCCAAACCCCUGGCCUGCAGCUUGUGCUACCUUAGUUAUUUGACAGGGUACUUUUGCAGUAGGUGCAAUUACUUUAUCGACAAGAUUUGCUUCUCGGUUCCAUCCAUGAUUCAACAUAUGUCUCAUCCCCAACACCCUCUCAAGCUAACUUGCUACUUGGAUUUUCAAAAUGAGAAUGUCGAUUGCCCGGGCUGCGAGGCUAAAAUCAAAAAUGUUCCUAGCAGGGCCUACUAUUGCGCUCCAUGCAAAUUCUUUAUGAAUCGCCAGUGUGCUGGAGCUCCAAAGACCUUGACGCUGGCAGACAGUGUCUCGUACAAGCUCUUCUUUGAAUUCCCCUUUAAGCAUGAGAAUGCAGAGAUCAAGUGCAACAUUUGUUCCAAGAAAGUGGUUACCAAAGGCGGACUGUUGUACUAUAAUCUAGAGCAUGAUGAAGUUUUGCACGUUUGUUGUGCCCUCACAAAAGAAUCCAACAACAAUAAGACGAAGAUGGAUAUGUUAUCAAUUCAACGGUUAAAUGAAGUGAGGAUAGCUGAGUAAACGGAAAUUAGUUCCUCCGCAAGACUGGAAGUUUUGCAAAGUUGCAGUAUGUAGGUGUUUGUUUUUGGCAGUGUGUUAUGUCUUGAUGUGUGUUUGUUUCUUUACUUUUUCUUUUGUUGUUUCCAGCUGGUGUGCUUGUUUAUCUGCUGUGUGAUUUUGGUAAUGUGACUGCUGUGUGUGUUGU